UCUCUCGGUUCGGUCGUGUUUUGCAAAGUGCUCCUUACGUGUGUGAAACCGUAUGAACGUCGCCGCCGCCACCCCGUGCAUGUUGCGCCUUUCCAACCGCCCAUCCGUAACCGUACUUCGUUCGAUUGUGUGCGUGAAUUAUACUCCCUUUCCACCCUCCCGUUCCACAGGGAAAAGUGGUUUGGUGGAAAAGCUGUUUAUGUGUGUGUAGGUGCGUCCUAAAAGAUCCAAAAUGUUGAUGUGAUUUUGAGAAGAGUGUGUGGAGAAAAUAGUGGAAUUUUUCGCAAAUGGGAUAUAAAGAUACACCGAUAAGAAGGGAUACGCAAAACAAGAGAAGAAACAAGGAUAUAAAGGGUGUGCCAGACCCCGAAUGAUUAGAGUGAAAGUGGGCUGAAUUUGAAGCUGUGAAAAUUCAUAUUUUUUGGAAGGAGAACACGAAGGCCAGGCUAAAGAGCCAGUGAUGUGUAAAGAUUCGUUGCUCGAUUUCCACCUUUUCCACGAUGGGGAAAUCCAAGUUUCCCGGUAAACCGUCGCGUUUGGUGAACAAGAAGCGCGUUUCGGUCCUACUGUCCGGUGCUGGGCUAAAUUCCAUUGCCAGCAGCGGGACCAGCAGCGAUGAGGAUAAUAACCAACAACAACAGCAAGAGCAGGAAAAUUCGACGGCGACGGAAAAGUUAAAUCAAUCACUUACACAAACACAACUCCAACAACAACAAAAACAGAAUCAGCAGCCGUCAACGAAGGUAUCAAAGACGUCGUUAUUAGACAAUGAAGAAAUUGAUCAAGAUGGCGAUGAUGAUGUUAGUAAGCACGAUGACGGCGACUCAGAGAACGGUGAAGAUGACGACGAAGACGACGACGACGAUGACGAGGAUGAUGAUGACGACGACGAAGACGAUGAUGAUGAUGACGAAGAAGAUGAUGAUCACAACGGUGACGUAAUCUACGGUGAUUUAAGUCAAGAGAAUAAAACCGAAACCUCAACAAUGGAAAAGCGGCCAAGCGCCAGAAAUGGCGAUGACGAGUGCCCUCCGAAUGUUGUGGAAGCCAAAAGCGUUAGCAACAGCGAAAAAACGACAUCGGUAACGUCAGCAUCGUCAACCGGAAAUAGCUUUGAAAUGAAACCAUCCUCGCUAUCAGCCAUAGGCUCAUCGAUGAACAAAGCAUCUGCCUCGAAAGAGCCAUCCCAGUCUCCAUCCAACAGUGGUACAGCCAUGACAAGUUCCUCAGUAACCAGUGAAAAUGCCGAACCGAUUUCAUCCAAUCCCAACACCUCCGAAACGCCAUCCCCUACGGUACCAGAACCGCCACCCAAACCGAAAAAGAAAUCUGUCACGUUCCAUACCACUCUGGAAACCACCGACGAGAAUAUCGUUAAGAAAGUUUACAAUCCUAGCAGUGUACCUCUAACAUCCAUCAUCAAAAAGGAAUGCCUAGCAAGGCCCAUAAGGCUGAAGAAAAGUUUCAACCGGAAGAUGAAGAAGCGAUUGCAGCGGUUAGCGUUGCAAGCUGCAGCAGCGGCCAACAAAUCGGAAUGCAUUCUGCGGCCCUCUCUGCUGUCCGGUGUGGUGCAGAAAUCAACGGAACAAACCACCAGCAGGUUUUCUUCCGGUUCGGCCGGAAGCUUAGCAACGUCAGGUGAAGCGCUAGCAUCGGCGGUGGCUGCCGCCGACGCAGCAGUAACCACUCCAUCAUCAGCUGUUGUAGCACCGUCGCAGGAAGCGGGGAAUAAUGGUGAAUCUGCUUCAGAGGCUCGAAAUCUCGAAAGUGGGGGAACUCAGUUCGGUGACAAACGGUUUAUCCUACCGAAACGAAGUGCUCAUUCUAGUCGUGUAAUUAAACCCAACAAACGGUUCCUGGAUGAAUUCGAGUUGGAGAUAAAGAAGAAGAACAAAGCGGCAGCUGCCGCUGCUGCCGCAAGUGGGACUUCGUCCUCGGGCGAUAGUGUUGGUACCAAUAGUGCGGGGAGGGUAGCUACCAGUGAUAGUUCAGGUGAUAAAGUGUCGAAAGGUGAUGUGAAGGUGGGGAAUACCGAAGAUGGUGCUAAAGUGCGUGGGGAUGAAGAGCGGGUGGAUAAGAGUGAAGAGGGGAAGAAGAAACGGGAGAAAGUUAAGAAGGAUACGGAGGAGCUGCAAAGGAGAAUUUCCAGAACAGAUGCUAAAGAUUCUCCAGAACCUCAUACGGAGGAGACAGAGCAUCAACCAACGCGCCCGCCCAGCAGUAUAAACAACCCCUUCGCGAAAUCCGAUCCCGGCCUAUCCCCAAACGCCAGUAGCCUGAAGCUGGUGAAGCCGUCUAUCCUCUCAUCCACCAACGCAGCAUCUAGUCUCUUACCCAAUGCAACAUCAUCCAGUCUCGCAUCGGCAUCAUCUAUUUUUAGCAAAAGUAUUCUUCGACAGCCUAGGCUACAGUUUGCUACAUCACUCUUGAACUCCAAUCCGUUGGCAGCGUCUGGAGCGACCAGUAAUGGAAACACUAGUGCCACUGUGGCGACAUCUCCGGCAUCCUCUGCUUCGGUAGUGCCAUCCACGGACGGUCCAUUUUCGCUACAUCUCAAGUCUGGUGCGAAGUUAGACUCUUCCAAAAUCUUCUCCAGUGCAUUGACAGCAGCAUCGGCACCUUCCGCGCCAGGCUCGGUAUCGUCCUCUUUACCCAAUUGCAGUAUUUGCGGAAUCGCAUCCAACAGUCGGUAUUAUCAGCAGGCGACGAAGAAGUUCGGUAUCGGAUGCUGCGACGUAUGUCGAAAGUUUAUCUCCAAAAUGAUCAAAAAACUUGCAAGUUCGUCAAGUCCCACGAGCAAUCAUGUGACGAUGAAAUGCAAAAACGAAGGCAAAUGUUCAAUAGGACCACCUGUGGCGAUUCGACCGGAUCACGUUAAAACGCGACACAUAUUCAAGGAACGUUGUCAUGCUUGUUGGCUUAAGAAGUGUUUGGGUAGCUUUCAGUUACCUUCAAUCUUGAAGAUUCGCUUGACACAAACACUUCCAUUGAAUUUGCGUCAGGUAGAAGCGGCAAAUGGUAACUCGGGCAGCAAUGUUAAUAGGAAGGAGUCCGUGGAAAAUAAUAUUUUUUCGAACAGUUUGGUUAGUGGUCAGAAUCCGGCAGGUUCCCGGAUACUUUGGAACGCGAUGAGCAUUGACAAACCUGAGUUCGGGAAAUCCAAUUCGUUUCUUUCCUUGGCGAACCCAUUGGCACAAAAUAACAAUACUUUUGGCAGUUCACCACCUAUCAGGUUGAAUAUGUCUGAUAAACCGUCAAUACUGACUCCAAGUACGCUAACCAAUACUAAAGUGAUUAGAAGUCCAUCCGUUCAAAAAGAGGAAGUUGUUUUGCCUACCAAGGAAAAGAAAGAUGUUGAGUCAGCGAACAUAGACGACGCGUCUAUAAAUAUUAGAACCAGAAGUAAACCUGAAACUGAAGUUGUUACAAGCAGUCCUGCAGUUUCAUCUAUUGCUUCUGCAACAUCUACCGUAUUGACUACUGCCGCGGUAACAGCCACAACCUCUACCAGCACAGUGACAAUUACGACAACCUCCAGUAGUACCGCUACUACUCCUUCAGCAGUCAUAACCCCAGCAAACGGCCAAGACAAACGACAACGAAUAGAUCUGAAAGGGCCUCGUGUGAAACACGUGUGUCGUAGCGCUUCCAUCGUACUGGGUCAACCGUUGGCCACCUUCCCGGAUGACGCGACGACACUCGAGAACAUUGAAACCCCUCCCAGUGAAUGCGUGGCAGAUGCGGCUGAUGAUCUAACCGCCACCAAUUUGGAGACCAGAAUCGAGUCAGAACUUUGCCAUUCUAUUGAAGAAUCUCAAGCUCAAUCUUGCGCUGAUUGCAAGGAGUCGGAAGACUUGGCACUGUCACCUCCAGCAACUCCGGCAGACUUGGAUACCAGCGGAUCGACGGAGAAGGAGCUGGUUAUUGAUGAGGAUCAGCUGCCGGAAUCGAACUGCAGCACUCCCACUAAGGAAGUGGAUGUUAUCAAACCUCCGACACCGCCCCCGCCAGUUCUGAAGAUUGAAGUUGAAAAAGAGGUGGCUACUAGUAGGAAGAUCGAAGAAAUUGAACGACCAACCACUAGGAAGGCCACUUCCUCUAUUCGACCGCAGGUCCUGAAGCAAAAUAUUAGCGCUAUAACGAAAAGUUUCAACACGAAUAUUCGGGCGGCUGGCGGCCAACAGACGGUACCGGAGAUUCCAAGCGUGCCACUGAUUUCCAUUGACUUCUGGGAGAAUUACGACCCAGCGGAAGUAAGUCGUACCGGUUUCGGACUAAUCCUGUCUGAAGAAAUUCCAAUCAAAGCGUUGUGCUUUCUGUGCGGGAGUUCGGGUUUGGACGAGAUGCUGUUCUGCGUUUGCUGCUGCGAACCAUACCAUCAGUAUUGUGUGAAGGACGAGUACAACAUUCGGCAGGUGUCGUUGGAUGAAACCAACGUGAGUCUGCUGGAAUUGACCUGCACCGCGAUGAACAUGGGGAGUUCUCCCCAACAACAGGCGUUGAAUCGGUUCAAUUGGAUGUGCCCACGGUGCACCGUGUGCUAUACGUGUAACAUGGCAACGGGAAGUAAGGUGAAGUGUCAAAAGUGUGGAAAGAACUACCACACGACCUGUUUGGGAACGAGUAAGCGAUUGCUGGGAGCGGACCGGCCAUUGAUAUGUGCCGCAUGUUUGAAGUGUAAAAGCUGUUCGACGACUAAUGUAACCAAGUUCAUCGGUAAUUUGCCGAUGUGUACGCCGUGUUUCCGGCUCAGGCAGAAGGGUAACUUUUGUCCACUCUGUCAAAGGUGCUAUGAGGAUAAUGAUUUCGAUUUGAAGAUGAUGGAGUGCGGUGAGUGCAAGCGUUGGGUCCAUGCCAAGUGCGAAGGAUUAACUGACGAGCAGUAUAACAUGUUAAGUGCGUUGCCGGAGAAUAUUGAGUUCAUCUGUAAGAAAUGCGGUAAGAACAAUGAAUGUGCGAACGUUUGGAGAGAUGCGGUUGCGGCGGAGUUCAAAGCUGGGCUUCUCAGCGUCGUAAAGUUACUCAGCAAAAGCAGGCAAGCGUGUGCUUUGCUCAAACUAAGUCCUCGGAAGAAAACAAGCAACUGCACGUGUUCCAUAAGCACAGGGAAAAGUAUAUCAUUCUAUGGUUUUGGUAACAAGGAUGAGGGAAAUGCGAUAGCGAAGAAAGCCAAACUCGAUGAAGAUUCCAUUUACGACUUCAACAGUGAAAAUAGUAGCAGCAACUCGAGUUUCCCACCGACAACCAAGUGUUAUUGUUCUGUUAGACCUUCGAGGCCAUCGGAUAUCAGUCUCGUUGAGAUUAAGCAAAAAAUCAAUGCCAACGAAUAUUACUCGUUGCAGGACUUUAACUACGACAUGAAUUCCCUCGUUAACUCGAUUGGUUCAGAAGAGCUCUCGACGGCGUACAAAGAAUUCUUGAGUGAAACGUUCCCUUGGUUCCAAAAUGAAACGAAAGCUUGUACGGAUGCAUUGGAAGAAGCAAUGUGCGGCGAAGAAAUGGGCGAGUAUAACCAUGUUGCAGGUAUGACUGUAGAACCGGAUCAACGAGUUCCAAGCAUCGAUGUUCCACUGGAUGGGUUCGAUGACUAUUUCUACGAAUCGCCAGCCGUCAAAGACGAUCGGACGUGCAUGUUUUGUAAGCAACUUGGUGAAGGACUUCCCUUGCACGAAUCUCGGCUGUUGUACUGCGGUCAAAACAACUGGGCCCAUACCAAUUGUGCCCUUUGGUCAGCGGAGGUAUUCGAAGAAAUCGAUGGAUCCUUACAGAACGUCCACUCGGCAGCUUCCAGAGGGCGGUUAAUUAAAUGCAGUCAUUGCAACGUAAAAGGCGCCACGGUAGGAUGUAACGUGAAAAACUGCGGAGAACAUUAUCAUUUUCCGUGUGCUAAGCAGACUAAUUGUACCUUUAUGCAAGACAAAACGGUUUACUGUCCGCAGCAUAUUUCGGAAGUGAGUAAGAAGAAGUGUCAGACGGAGAAAAACUUUGAGAUCAAUAGAUCAGUUUACGUUGAGCUUGAUAGGCGGAAAAAGAAGUUUGUUGAGCCGUCCAAGGUGCAUUUCAUGAUCGGGUCGUUGAGCGUGAAAAAACUGGGUCACAUCGUUCCGAUGUUCAGCGAUCAUCCGGAUGCGAUAAUUCCCACGGAUUUUGAAUGCACAAGGUUGUAUUGGAGCUCGAAGGAACCGUGGAAAAUUGUCGAAUAUAAAAUAAAGACGACCAUUCAAAACAACAACUAUUGCAAUGGGACGGAUUUAGGUAAGAACUUUACUGUUGACCAUACACUCAAUAGCAGCACGGUAUCCUGGGGAUUGACCCAGAUUUCAAGGUGGCAUAGCAGUUUGAAUAGUGAAGAUCAAGAUCCUGAGCCUGUGGCAGGCACUUCCGGCAUUCAUAGAGAGAAAACCAUGAAACAGUUGUUGGAAGCGGUUGGUGGCCCAGGGGAUGACACCAACGAUGAGGAACCACAGAAUAAUAAUGAUCUGCUGCCGCAGGAGAUCAAAGAUGCUAUCUUUGAGGACAUUCCGCAUGAUAUUCUGGAUGGGAUAAGCAUGUUGGACAUUCUGCCAAAGUUGAUGACUUACGACGAUUUGAUUGCGAUGGAUCUCAAGAACGAAAACAAUUUCAAUGCAGAGAUCCUGAAAGAAGUCGGAGGAGUCAGCAGUAGUGGUAGUAGCAGCAACAGCAGCAACGCUACCGGUGGAUCCAAGGAAGAUGACAUGGAAGUCGAUCAUGCCGAUGACAUUAACGACAUAAUGAAGUGUAGUGGGGAGUUGAGCAACGACGGAUGGAUAAAAAGCCUGUCCCAACCGGGAAUCGAGGAUGCGCUAUUGAGUGCCAUGAAACAGCCGUCGUCUAGUCGAGACUUGAAGCGGAGUAAAUCAGAUAUUCUAUCUCGGGCUGUUGUAGGGGGUCGUAGUGCGGGUCAGCGCUCGGGAAGUUUUUCAUGGAAUUCCAAGUUGGAAUCCACCGCUGCAGUAGUGGCGAAACGAAGAAAGAUAAGCAAACUUGCUGAUGUCCUUUCGCUUGGUAGGAUAAAAGAUGAACCCGCCUCUGGAAGCAUUCUGGAGCGACGGAAGUCUCUGCCAAGUGAAGAGUUUAUCUGGAGCGCUAGUAAGAGAAACACCGGAGAAAGUUUAAGCGAUGGUAUGAAUGUUUUCGAGAAACUGAAAAUAUCUCAAUUGGACGGAAUGGACGAUUUCUGUGGCGAUUCUGUUGAUAUGAAAGUCUACUCUUCGAAUAUGAUCGAAGCACCGGUCAAAUGUGAUCGUUGCCACGCGACGUAUCGAAAUCAAGAAUCGUACCAAAGGCAUCUGAACUCAUGCGAAGUACUUUCAACGAGUGAAAGCGACUCCGAAACGCGAUCACCAAGGUUGCUCAGCCCUGAACAACAACAAGCACAGGUAGCCAAUCAAUUUGCAGCUGGGACAUUCAUCCUUCCGCAAACUUCAUCCGCUCAAACCAUUACAACGGACAUAUACGGGAACAUUAACCACAGCCAAGCAACGAAUCCCACUAUUUCUGUGAUAUCAGGUCUAAAUAAUCAGACCAUAAAUUUGAACAACCUGAAUAAUCAAGCAAUUCUCUCGAAUAUACCCGCUUCGAUGCCAAUCACUAUUAACCAGCUUCAAUCAGGCAUCCCAAUACAAACUUCAGCAGGCACUCAUCAGAUACCGAUUCAGGGAACCCUUUCAAACCUGGGUGGAAACAUGAUCAUCUCAAACCAAGGCCAAUUGUUUGCUCAACCAGUGAACUUUCAACAGUCGCUCGACAACCAGCAAAGUUUUGUGCAAAACAAGCAACGAUUCAUUCAACCGGCAUCUACAAAUCAACUCCCGCAAACCAUUUCAAUUGGGAACAAUUUGGUAAACACGGGAAACACGAUAAGUAUGCUUCCUCAACAGCAGCAAAUUAUCUCUAUCGGGCCGAAUGGUCAACCACAAAUUGUGACGGUAACUACCCCACAGCAUCAAACACAGCAAGCUUCUCUGAUUCAAAAUACUCAGAAAAAGCAGAUGAUCUACCCGACGGUAUCCCCGAAAAAGCCAGGACUUUCCAAAAUAUCGCAAGGUCCUACACCUAUCAAGGCUAAGAAGUCAAACCCAACUUCUACGGUUACUUCGAAACAUUCAAUUCAAAUAAAGAAACAAGAACCGAUCACCAUCCAGCAAGCUCCAACACCUCAACCUCAAACCAUUCAAACAAUUACCCAACCGAUCGCAGCUCAACAGCAACAACAGAUCCAGCUCAUAAAUACUUCGUAUCCUUUGAUAAGGCCUGCCAGUGCCGCUACUCCGCAACAAACUACAACGGCAUCCGGAAAUCCCAUCAUUUUCCAACAGAAUAAUCAACCGAUUAUCGUUCAACAAAUGGGAGGCAAUCAGAUAUCCUACGUAGCCGAUCAGAACCCUGUUCAAUAUUUGGCUCCGACAAACGUCCUUACCCAGAAUGGUUUUGCCAUGACCACGGCCGGUGAUGGAACUUUAUCUGCAGCGACCAACAACAUUCUGAUUCCAAACGGUGCCGGAGGAUACUCGAUGAUUCCGGCUAGUGCACUGCAGUUGGCAGCUCCCCAACCACAGGUCAUUGGUACCAUCAUUCAACCACAGGCCACCACCAUUCAAUGUGGAAUGAUGUCUACUGAGCAGAUGGUUUUGGGAGCAGCGGCCACGCCAACUCUUGAAAUGGUCACUGAUCCCACGUCCGGUUGCAUGUAUUUAACCAGUCCGCCCGUUUACUACGGUCUAGAGACAAUAGUGCAAAAUACUGUUAUGUCUUCGCAGCAGUUUGUUUCGACAGCUAUGCAAGGAGUUUUGAGUCAAAACUCGAGUUUCUCUGCUACAACCACUCAGGUUUUCCAAGCGAGUAAAAUAGAACCGAUUGUUGAAGUUCCUACUGGUUAUGUGGUUCUCAAUAACGAUGGCACUACUACCCAGCAAGGUUUGGCCCCAAUGCAACUACAGACGUCGUCGGGAAUUAUUCAGCAAGCACAAAUCCAACCUACACCUGUCACAACUCUAGCCCCUCAAACUCAGCAUCUUCAAGCAACCGUCACUACAAGCCAGCCAACUCCUAUUCAGGCAUGGAAAAUCGAGCCACAAAUUAUACAACAACAACAACAAUCAACACAAGCUCCGGUAAUAAAUCCAAUCAAAACUACAACAACGGUUAAGAAUAUCAUUCCCAAGGCCCAACCACAACUGGUAAACAAAGUUAUGCCUCACACAACGAUCAAAUCCAUACCGGAUCAAGUACUUGCUUCAAUGGGUAACCAUAAGGUCAACCAUCAAUCUGCGGCAUCUGCUGCAGUUUACACCACGACAACAACAAUGACCACUACUACCAAGGUCUCUAACGUGAUUAAGCCUAUCACCAAAACAAUCAACCAUAACAAACCCAAGAUCGUUGCGAAACCUGUGAAACAAAAAUCUCUGCUGUUAUCACCUCCACAUACACCUUCCCAGCACACUCUUCAGCAGAAUCAGCCGCAAGCAGUUCAACAUUUUCCGCAAAACAAUCUACCAGUGAGUUCCAGUUCCCAACCACAAAUGGUUCCCAUUAAACCAAGUAUCAUCAACGAAAUAACAACUCAACCGAUCACCAGUACAUCAUCGAAGAUCGGACCUACCCACAUGAAAAACUCUCUUGACUUCAGCUCUAAUAGUCAACCAAUCAAGGGUAGUUCCUUGUUAAAGAAACCUGAUAUGAAACCAUUCUCACGGAAUGCUCCGAACACCGCAUUCCCCUCUAGUCAACCGCAACUCAUGCAUCACCAACAGCAGCAGCAGCAAUCUAUACAGAUCAACAAUAUUCCAAACGCCACUUUUAAUCACGACAUUCAACCGGUUCAACAGCAGAAGUCCCUACUUCCACAGGUCGAAAACAAGAAGAAGCCGUCACAUGUUACAAUGUCCAUUGCAACGACUAGCUCUUCGCCAAUACCCUCAAUUGCUGGGUCACUGUCGAUAAGCAACUCAUCGAUUACCAUCACUCCAACACAAACCGCAAGUAUUACCCUUCCGACGGCUCCCUAUCCGAUGCCGCUCUACUCGAACAUUCCUACCAACGUUGUAAACCCAAUACAGCAGUCCAUCAACAACAUUAGUGGUAGCAACACCAAUACCAAUUCGGGUACGGUUCAAAAUCGACCGACAAACCGAGUCCUUCCAAUGCAAGCCACCGCUAUCUUGCCCAAAUCGCCAGAGGUCCCACAGACCCCGCCGCCAUUGAAAAUAUCAAAUGCUUUGCCGGACAAGAUUGAUGAAAUAACUAUUAUUCCUAGUCACAACUUCAGUCCGGAACAUCCAACCAUGAAUUCAUCUCCCGGCCUCAAAAUAAUUUCCGAUAAACUGCUCAAGGAAACCCGACUCGAAAUAGAUAUCAAACCAAUCGAUAUCAGUCCGAUUCUUCCACCUCCGAUCCCAAGCACUCCUAUCGAAAAUCGUGGAUUCAGCUCUCUGGACACACCACCACCACCUUCCCCGCAAUCAGUCCAACGAACUCUUCAGCAUGAAGAUCAGCCUACCUUCCAGCUGAAUCUAAACAUCGAUCAGCACGGUUCGCUGAUUCCCAUAUCCAGCGUCGAUACAAUCAAUUCAAUCAGCUCUACCACUACUAGUAUUGCGCAACUUCCACCAACUAUAACCGAAAUCAACAUCAAACCAGAACCGGUAAGCACCACAACGACCCAGAUGGAGAUGGACGCCAAAUGCGAACAGCUACUCACCGAAACGGAAGAAAUGCUCGCCGAAACCAUGCAGGAAGAUUCUUUAGACGUGCGCAGUAUCGAUUCGCAGAGUCUGAACGAUGAAUCCGAAUCUCCGGAAAUCAAACAUAAAAUUUCCGAGAUUCUGGAUAACCUCGAACAGCAAACCAACGAGGAAGACAGUUUCAGCGAGUGUAAGGAAUCGGACAGUUCGGAACUGUUGAUGAAGAUCGAGGAGAACGCUAGCUUGGAUACUUCGGGCAACUCGUUGAAAAGCCAAGAAGAACAACAACUGGUGGACGAACUCAAUCAGGAAUUGCAGGCCAGCGCACACACGUCGCCUGCUGCUUCGACGCGAGUGUCUGAGUUGAUCAUUCCACCCAUCUUCGAAAGCGAUCCCAAGAAAGACGACGAUUUGCGGUACGAAACGGAACAGAAAGAAAACCUUGAUCCGAUUUCAAACGUAGUCAGUACUUCAUUGAACAACAACCUUCUGGCUGGGAAUGAAUCUCACGCCGAAGAACUGAUCAAACAAAAAUCCAGUCAACUGGUUUCGAUCAAGCCACCGAAAACCAACAGCCCCAAGCUGCUGUACGAGAUCCAAUCGCAGGAUGGUUUCACAUACAAAUCCACUUCAAUUGUCGAAAUCUGGGAUAAACUAUUUGAAGCGGUACAAAUUGCCCGUAGAGCGCAUGGUCUGCAACCGCUUCCAGAGGGACAACUGGAGGAAAUGGCCGGUGUGCAGAUGUUGGGUUUGAAAACUAACGCCAUCCGGUAUCUGCUGGAACAGCUGCCGGGCGUCGAGAAGUGUUCGCAGUAUAAACCGCAAUAUCACAAAAAGCUGUCCGGCGAUGGUUGUCCGAACGGAGCCACAGCUGCAGCAGCAGUGGCAUCCAUCUAUGCGGAUUACUUCGACGACAUCAAGGAGAACCCGUAUGGUGCUGCCCGUUGCGAACCGUACAGUUCCCGGUCCGAGUACGAUAUGUUCAGCUGGCUGGCGUCGCGGCACCGGAAGCAACCGAUGCCGGUGGUGGCCCAGAGCAUCGACGACACAGUGAUUCCAAGGCGAGGCAGUGGAAGUAAUCUCCCGAUGGCGAUGCGCUAUCGAACGCUGAAGGAAACAUCCAAGGAAUCGGUGGGAGUCUACCGGUCGCACAUCCACGGACGCGGCCUGUUCUGCAACCGGGACAUCGAAGCCGGCGAGAUGGUAAUCGAAUACGCCGGAGAGUUGAUUCGCUCCACCCUGACGGAUAAACGCGAACGGUACUACGACAGCCGGGGCAUUGGCUGCUACAUGUUCAAAAUCGAUGAACAUUCCGUGGUGGAUGCAACGAUGCGAGGCAAUGCAGCACGUUUCAUCAACCAUUCGUGCGAGCCGAACUGCUACUCGAAGGUCGUUGACAUACUGGGGCACAAGCACAUCAUCAUUUUCGCCCUCCGGCGCAUCGUCCAGGGAGAGGAGCUGACGUACGAUUACAAGUUCCCAUUCGAGGACGUCAAAAUCCCGUGUUCGUGUGGGUCGAAAAAGUGUCGCAAAUAUUUGAACUGAAGCCGGGAUUGGAUUUUGGAUUGAGAUGGAGUUGUGACACGGGCAGGACAUUGUUCCGAAGCAAUAGGGGUAACCGACCGUCAGAUACAGGAUUAUUUAAGGAAUUUUGCAUGAAACUACCAAAGGUGCUGUUUUGCGGGGAUGGGAGGGCAGAAGCUUUUCGUACGUUGUAAGGGUGAUAACGUGAUAUUCAGAAUGCAUCACAUUGUAGGCGAAUCGCAACGUUCGUGCUAUUCGUAAACGGCCAUAUGUUUAAGGUAAAAUGUUUCCUUUUUAUCGAAACCUAAGCGUACACUUGUGUGUUUGUAGAUUUGGAAUAGUGUCUCCAAAGUGCAUGUUUUGUAAAUAUAAAUACCUAAAUACAUUGUGAGUUCUGACUUCGUAGCUGCAUUAGGAAUAUGUAGGUACCUAUUAUUUGGAAGAGAGAUUCAACAAGAUUUCUUCUUCUGUACAUAGAGAGAUGUUAUGGGUGUGCUUCUCAGUGACAAAGUUCGAAAUAGAAAAAAAAAACUAUUUGUAGACACGUUUUAAUAAACCGAUACCUAAUAGCAAAUCAAGAGUGGGACGCCUGUUAUUCAAAAAGUUUUCAACUCAUGUCGAAUAGUGAUUUUUCUGUAUGGGUUUCAAUGGUAGAGCAGAUUGCUCAGCCCAUCGAUGCGCAAAAUUUUAAAGUUUAUCGUAUUACAGACAUUUUAUAUUUGCUGUUUCUGAAUAUACAGUUGCAGUGAUCACGGAUAUACACGUUAUCUGGUCAUCAUUAUGUUUUUGUAGCUUCGGAUUCAUUCCUCAGAAAUCCAUAUUCUUUUAAUUGGAUUCGUUUCAAUUGUAUUCAAAUCGACCUCAUAAAGGAAAACUAAAUUAUGUAAUUUGUGAAUCAAAUAAUUUCAGCAGGUAUGGAAUUAAAACUUAUCAUACGGAAAAUUGAAAGCAUGCUUUUUGGUGGAAGAAAUGGAACUACCCACAAGAACAAUACAAUUUGAUGCAUAUAAGCAUAAUUUUUACACAUUUUUAUGAAAAAGUUAAUCAUUAAUUUGUAAAUAAAAGGUAGUCAUAAAUGUGCAUAAUAUUUUUUUCGUUUUUGAAAGUCGUCCAAUUCUCCCACGAAAGGGUUUACUUUGAGAUUAAAUACUUUUUAUUUGUCAAUAAAAAUACUAAGUGUUUUGUGUUAAAUUCUUUUUGCAUAGUGCAAAUGCAAAUCGCAGUACGACUUUCAAUCUAAUCUGUCAUUUAUGCAAAACAUUAUAUAUUUAACUUUUACAUUUCAAAUCCGUUUAAUCUGUGAUCAGUAGUAUUAAUUAAAAAUAAAAAAAAUCUUUUUGGCACCACGCGUGUACAUUCGUGAUUCAUUCGUAAAAUCAAUAUUCGACUUGGAAUACCUGAACCAUAAUCUAACAGCGUAAAUCUGUCUACACGGUCUACAAUCGCAUAUUUUAAUUUACAUUGCAACUAAGGACUUCACUUUUUAAAAUAAAACAAUCCGUAUUGAAAAAUACGUGAAGUUUGUUUUUAAAAGAUUAAAAAACUUCAUUUGCAAAAACGUAACAAUUUCGAUAACUGAUAUGAAACAACUGAUCAUUUUGUACAUUUUUGUUAACAGUAGAGACUGUAGAAAACUUGUUGAAUAUGUAAAAAAACACAAAACUAGAAUCAAUAUCUGACAUUCACAAUUACUUAGUCCCUCUGGUUCAGUCAACAACACUCGAAAUUUCGACUAGACAACUUUUAAGACAUCUAUCGCAGAAAAGAUUUUAUGAACCGAAAUCAGAUAGAAAUUUUACUCUAUGUCGUUUUCAAGCUUAAGUCCGAUGGUAAAUUGUUAAAUAAUGUACAACGCGAUAACACUUUUACUAACAUUCAAAAUGGUAGUCGAAUAGAGUUCCGCUCAUUGUAAUCUUAGUACCAGGGCUAAUAUGUAACCACUAAAGUAAUUCAUUUAUUCGAAUAUAAAAAUAAAGUUUGAAUUAAUCGUAAACAUCUGUCUCUGAAAAACGAUUCAAGGUUGUAGUAUUAUUGACUGUUCGUUGGAGAAAAAAAAACCUACUAUUAAAUACGCAUUUUAUCCGCAUCUCAUCAGUCAAAUAGUGAUACAAAUCACGAGAAACAUUUUGUCCACGCGGCAGAAGACUGUACAUAAAAAAACUAAUUUUAAGUUUUAUUUGAAACCCAGAACGUAAAUUUUAUAAACAACUCUAGCAGUACCUUCCUAUAUAGUAUCUGAUUUCUUGUGUUUUAAUGGGUUCUGCAUAUUCAAAGUUAUUACAACCGCCGCAAACUUACUAUAAUAAGUAUUCGAUUCGAAUUUCAGACGGUUAGGAAUCUCUGCAAGUGUAUUCCUGCUUUCUUAGCGAAGAAACACUGCAAAGUCAGUAAACGUUAUCUUGCCAUUUUUUGUUUGUUUUACCUAUUUAUUAAAACAACUUGUACCGUCGUCUGCGCUUGAACAAAACAUCAAAUGUUUGAAUUAAGUCAUUGUAGCAUAUUGAAUAGCUACUCUACAUUUAAGCAUUAUUUAUGAUAAAAUAGACCAGCCUAACAGUUUUCGUGCUAUAUAGUAGAUAUAUUUGUACAUUUGUAACUAAAGUUCACACACACAAACACUUUUACUUGUAGAAUCGUAAUAAUUGAAUCAAAACUUAGUGUAGACCGUGUUUUAAAUGUAUGUAACCCCUUCCCGGUUACAUGAUAUUCGAACAUGGUGAAGUGAAAACAAAAUGUGAUACUAAAGGAAAAAUAAUUUGUGAAAUCUUAACUUAAAUGCUUCAAAAAAUAACGUUUAACUGACAAAUAGAAUUAUUUGAAAUAAAAUACAUGAAAGGAUAUUACUAAACAAUAAUGUGGCUACGCCCGUAGUAAAUGAAAGCGUAGUGAAAACAAAAUUACACAAACACUCAUACACACACAAAAUCAUACAAAAAUGAACCACUUACACAAAUCACACAAAAUAGUUUUACCAAUAAAAUUACCGAGUUGAUAAUGAUUCUAUGUAGAGCUCUGACUCCAUAAUAUUUAAAAUGAUACUUGUGGUUGGUGUGUAAGAAUAUUCUCUUUUGCUUGAACAAAAAAUGUGCUCACUAGAGCUAGCACACUCACAAAAAGAUACACACUCGCGUGAGUAGUUGGAUCUAUCAACCGAUUGCAACAUACUACUAUUAAUUACCACAUUCAUACGUGCAUAAACUACUACUACUACUAUUAAUACUACUUAGGAACGUAAUUGCAGUUUAUUAUGUUUAAGUUUUUUUUCUCAUUUGAAGUAUUAUGUUGAAUUAAACAAUAAAACGAUAAAAUAAAAUGUAUUUCAAGUCAUGAA